CUCUAUGGAUUCAGCCUGAUGAUUUCUGGUAAAGUGGAAGCAGCACUGGACCUCAUACUGAUCAAUUCUUUCCCUCUGGUGGGCAACUCCGAGACAUCACUUAUCUGUAUCACUUCCAAAUGGCGUUCCCGUGAGUCUAUCACAAUAGACCGAGACCAGGAGGAUGUGACAAACCAGCACCGGGAACCACUGGAAGUUAACGAAGAUUCAAAGAGAGCAACAGCCAAAACAGUGGUGUGGAAGAGGGAACAGGCCAGUGAAACUAUUGGAGCAUAUUACUGUGAAGGGAAACUCAAGGAUGAGGUGACAAGGAUACAUACCAUGAAGAUGCCGCUGGGAGCCUCAUUCCACCCGGUGGCAUUAACUGUUACAGCAAAUAAGGGAGAGCAUGUGAAUAUUUCCUUCAUCAGAAUGGCAGCAAAAGAGGAAGACGCAGUGAUCUACAAAAAUGGUUCGUUCAUCCACUCUGUGCCCAGGCAUGAAGUGCCAGGGGAGCUGGAAGUCUCCUAUCCUGAAGUUCAACCACAGGACGCAGGGGUUUACUCUGCCAGAUAUAUAGGAGGAAACCUCUUUACUUCUGCUUACACAAGGCUUAUUGUAAGACGAUGUGAAGCUCAGAAAUGGGGACCUUCCUGUAGCUCUCACUGCCCUUCCUGCACAAACAAUGGCAUUUGUCAUGAAGAUACCGGAGAAUGCAUCUGUCCUCCAGGUUUUAUGGGAAAAACAUGUGAGAAAGCUUGUGGAGCCAAUACAUUUGGCAAAACAUGUGAAGAGAGCUGUAAAGAGAACUAUGGCUGCAGGAACUAUAUGUUCUGUCUACCAGAUCCAUAUGGUUGUUCUUGCGCCACAGGAUGGAUGGGACUGGAAUGUGAUAAAGAAUGCAAACCUGGUUUUUAUGGGUCAGAUUGCAAACUCAAAUGUAAUUGUCACAAUCGAGGGACAUGCGACAGAUUUAAGGGCUGCAUCUGCUCCCUCGGAUGGCAUGGUCUGCAAUGUGAAAAAGAAGGUUCAGCAGAUCUUUCACCUCAGAUAGAAAACUUACUAGAUCCUGUAGAACUCAAUUCUGGUGUCGAGUUCAAGCCUUUUUGUAUAGCAACUGGGAUGCCACUUCCUAAAUCUGAAGAAUUUAAACUUUUGAAGCAAGAUGGAACUGUCCUAAGGCCUGCCCUAAUUGUUACCAGUAAUCGCUCGGAAGCCAUGUUUACAAUUAAUCGAAUCCAGCCCCGUGAUACAGGAACCUGGGUCUGCAGUGUGCAGACAGUAGCGGGAAUGGCAGAGAAACCAUUUCAAGUUACAGUCAAAGUUCCUCCUGUGCCACAGUAUGCUCCAAGGCUGACAGACAGUGGACAUAAUUUUCUCAUAAUUAAUAUCAAUGCUGAGUUACAUCUUGGAGAUGGACCUGUUGUGUCAACAAAACUCCUGUACAAGCCAGCAAAACGUUAUCAGUCCUGGAUGUCUGUGGAAGUAAAAGGCACAACCAAAAGACUGGACAACCUGGAACCAAAAACAGAAUAUCAGUUCUGUGUUCAGCUGAGUCGGCAAGGGGAAGGUGGGGAAGGCCAUCCUGGACCACAGGCUAGCUUCACAACAGCUGCGCUUGGUCUUCCUCCACCAGAAGGUCUCACUCUCUUUCCAAAAAGUAUGACAUCACUGAAUUUGUCAUGGCAUCCUUUAACACUGAGGACAGAGGAUGACAUUCGUGUUGAAGUGGAAAGGAAGAGCGUGAAUGACAAUGGUGAUGAGAGCAGUGUUAUUACUCAAGUGCCAGGAAAUAUGUCCACCCUGAUCAUUAAAGAUCUUGAGCCUAGACAGCAAUACAUGUGCAGGGUACGGGUGAACACCAGGUCCCAAGGAGAAUGGAGCAACUACCUGUAUGCAUGGACUUUCAGUGACAGAAUCCCUCCUGCACCAUACAACAUCAGGUUUUCUAACACCACAGACACAUCCUCAGUCAUCUCUUGGACAACUGCUGAGGGUCAUUCCAUCUCCUCCAUCAUCAUCAGCUACAAAAUUUAUGGCAAGGCUGAGUACAACCACAUCGAUAUUAUCAUAAAGAACACCAGCAUUACUCAAUACCAUCUCAAGGGCCUUGAGCCAAACACUGUGUACCAGGUUCAGAUUAAUGCUCAGAACAACAUUGGCUUAAGCAACCCAAACACAUCAUUUGAACUGAAGACUCUUCCAGAAACUAAAGCUCCAUAUGAAUCAAAAGGAGGCAAAAUGCUGCUUAUUGCUAUCCUUGGCUCUGCAGGGAUGACCUGUGUAACAAUUCUCCUGGCCUUUCUCAUCAUGCUGCAGUUAAAGCGAGCCAACUUCCAGCGCCGAAUGGCUCAGGCUUUCCAGAACAGGGAAGAGCCAGCUGUACAGUUUAACUCAGGUACUCUCACCCUGAGCAGGAAAGCCAAAAACAGCCCAGAUCCCACUAUUUACCCAGUUCUUGAGUGGAAUGACAUAAAAUUUCAAGAUGUGAUUGGGGAAGGUAACUUCGGGCAAGUUCUGAAAGCACGCAUUAAGAAAGAUGGCUUACGCAUGGACGCAGCGAUUAAAAGGAUGAAAGAGUAUGCCUCAAAAGAUGAUCACAGAGACUUUGCUGGAGAACUUGAAGUUCUUUGUAAACUUGGUCAUCAUCCCAACAUCAUAAAUCUUUUGGGAGCAUGUGAACAUCGGGGAUAUCUUUAUCUUGCUAUUGAAUAUGCCCCCCAUGGAAAUUUACUGGACUUCCUCCGGAAAAGCAGAGUGCUAGAGACAGACCCAGCAUUUGCUAUUGCCAACAGUACUGCAUCUACACUUUCCUCUCAGCAACUUCUGCAUUUUGCAGCAGACGUUGCUAGAGGGAUGGACUACUUAAGCCAGAAACAGUUUAUUCAUCGAGAUUUGGCAGCAAGAAACAUCUUGGUUGGAGAAAAUUAUGUUGCAAAAAUAGCUGAUUUUGGCUUGUCAAGAGGUCAAGAAGUUUACGUUAAGAAGACCAUGGGACGGCUUCCAGUGCGAUGGAUGGCAAUUGAAUCUUUGAAUUACAGUGUUUACACCACAAACAGUGAUGUAUGGUCAUACGGUGUCCUAUUAUGGGAAAUUGUUAGUUUAGGUGGAACACCAUAUUGUGGAAUGACAUGUGCAGAACUCUACGAAAAACUGCCUCAAGGGUACAGACUGGAAAAGCCUCUCAACUGUGAUGAUGAAGUAUAUGACCUAAUGAGACAGUGCUGGAGAGAGAAACCAUAUGAAAGACCAUCAUUUGCUCAGAUACUGGUGUCACUGAACAGGAUGUUAGAAGAAAGGAAGACCUAUGUGAACACUACCCUAUAUGAGAAGUUUACUUAUGCAGGCAUUGAUUGCUCCGCUGAAGAAGCUGCUUAAGACAGGAGAAAACUUCAUUCAUCAAUGAUGUAUUGAAGAAAACCAAAACUCAGUCUGCUGGAGCCCAAAAUGUGAUGUGCUGUGUAGAACUGUGUAUAGCUCUAACUGUAUAUAAUACAGUAAUACUGGUUUACUACAGAUAUGUAUGUGUAUAUCACACAGUAACCUCUGCCUCCACAGGCUGUAGAAGUGUAUAUACUGUUUGGAGUAGGAAUAGACUGAAGUCACAAAAUCUGCUGUUUCAUAUGCAGGGUUUUCUUUUUUCCUAGUCAUGUAGAUACAAUGUAUACAUACAUCUAUUGUAAUGCAUUAGGUAUUGCCAUCUUAGAUAUUUUUGAUACUUUCCAAGAGCUACUGAUAGCAAAGUCGAUUUCUUAUAGCAGUAUUUCAUGGACAUUUCAUUGUGAGUCAAACAAAAAUGCUAAGCUCUAUGCAACAAUGGGAGUUGCAAGCAGAUGUCAAUCCAGUAUGUUCACCAAAGAUAAUUAAUUAUUAAGUAAGACUCCUAUUUGAACGUAAAAGCGAGCUAGUAGAAAUAAUCUGUUCAAAAAUUCUAUUGACACUUGUUAAGAUAUAAGGCAUGCUGUUGCUCUUUCAUUGCCCAGUUUAACAGACAGUGUUUGCCUAUAUGUAAAAUAUGAAUAUAUUUUGAAGUGUUCAAUGGUAUCAGAGGCAGCCAUACAGCAAUUAUCAUGAAGCACAGGAUUGAGGAACAUACUACAUAUUGUAAAACACAUUUUUACAAUUAGUCUGGAUACACAUGAGGCUUAUUCAAUUUGUA